GUAGAAUUACCAUAGUAACUAGAUACGUUCAUUCUUCGUUCUUUUGUGUAAUGGCGUCGGACACAUGUGCUCAAUCAAGGUCAGUAAUUACAAAAACAAGACCUUUUCGAUGGUCACAUGAAAUGAUCGAACUUCUUAUCAAUAACAUCGAAACAUACAAAACAAUGUGCGAGUACGAAGGUAAAGAUUUCGAUGCAGAUCGCACGAAACAAUACGAAUGGAUAAGAGUGCAAAUGUUAGAGAUGUAUAGUGAUCACUUUGGUCCAGCAGAAGCCGAUAUACCACAUGCCAUGGAAAUGUCAAAAGAUGAAAAAGAAGCUUAUGUUAAAGAUUUAAAAGUUCAACGUGACUUUAUCAAAAAGGGGUAUUGUCGAAUUCAAGAAAAAGUUAAAGAAAUACGUCAAAAUUUUGGCACUGCUGUAACCAAUGGUAAAAGAAGUGGCAGCGGUAAAAUCGUGUUUGAAUUCUACGAUAGGCUGGCCAAGAUAUAUGGUGGCUCAGCAUCAGCUUCACCUCUAAGCAUUGGAGUAGACACUGAUACAUUUAGUACCAUAAACCAAGAGCAAUGUGAUGAAAUUGGGCUAACUAUAACAGAUGAAAGCCAUGAUGGUUCAGAUUUAUCAUCCAAUGAUUCACUGGAUACCAGCUCUGGAGGUGUAUCUUUGGGUGAUAAGCGGGGUGCAGAAGAUGCAUGUGUUAAGUUAAUCGACAAUAAAAGAAAGCAUAUGGAGCGCACUCCGGCUCAACGAGAUCAAUUCUCCUUAAAGAAAGCAAACAUGAAAUGA